UUUACAUGUAAGUUGUGUAAAACGUGGGUGAUUCACAUAAUUACCGGUUUAAACACAGAGCAUCCGUAGUUACAUGUAAAUAAAAUGGCUGACAAACUCGCAGAGCUAAGAGCGAAAUGUUUAGAACGAGGAGCUAGUGGUAUACACGGCAUUGGCAGAACUUUUCGAAAUAUUGACGACGAUGGCAGUAAAUCGCUUAGUCUUGAGGAAUUUAGAUAUGGUCUAAAAGACUUUGGUCUUAGCUUUCCAGAAAGUUCUGUACAAGAAUUGUUUACCUACAUCGACAAAGAUGGCAGUGGAACAAUUCGAUUUGACGAGUUCUUACAAGCAAUAAGGCCUCCGAUGUCGCAGACUAGAAUCUCGAUCAUCAACGAAGCAUUUACCAAGUUCGACAAAAAUGGUGAUGGAGUAAUCUCCGUUGCUGACCUGAAGGGUGUUUACAAUGCACAACACCACCCUAAAUACAAGAGUGGACAAAUGACAGAAGACCAAGUUUUCAGAGAAUUUCUUGAUGUGUUUGACCAUGGAGUUAAAGACGGAAAGGUUACCAAAGAAGAAUUUAUUAAUUACUACAGUGGUGUAAGUGCCUCUGUAGAUACAGACCAAUACUUUGUGGAGAUGAUGAGAAGUGCAUGGAGAAUGUAGCUGUUUGGGGAUAAUCUCAACAGUUAUGGUCGUGAUUAGAUACUACUACUACUACUCCAAGAUUGAGAGACGGCGAUUACCUGUUGAUGGGAUUUGCAGAACAACAGCUAUAUGCAGGGAAUACUAUUUUUAACUCAUCGUCAAACAAUAUAUAUAUAUAUAUAAGAAUAACUCAUGUCUGUCCAUAUUUCAAUUUAUGUCUGGCUGAUAAUUUUAUAAUGCCAUUAAGGAUAUUUAUGAUACUGAUGCUUUAUAUAACUGUCAAAGGAAUUUUGAAUGAGGUAAAGGUAACAACGAGCUUUUGGAAACUGCAACAAUUCAACUUUAUAUACCCCAUAUACAAAUAUGCAAAGUCUCAUCUGGCUAAAAUCUUUAUGUAUUUGAAAUUACAUAUUAAAAAUGAUUGACUAGUCA